AUGCUCAUUAUUUCAUUUUUAUGAAUUAAUUUUGAGUGUAUUCCUUUAGAAGAAGAAACUUAUACAAGAAUCAGAUUUUUUGAAAAUUGGGAAACAGAUGAUCACAUCAAUGAUGUCCAUGUUCAGAUGCUUCAAGCUAGACAUUAUAUGAAGCAGGGUAGUUGAACAGAUGCUGAAGGAUUGCUGAAUAACUGUUUGCACCAUCUCUACGAGUCUGCUGAUAAAAAUCAUCCUCUGUUUAAUGAAUGCAUGCAAUGGUUAGCUGAAUGCUAUUCAUCUUUAAAUAAUAAUCUGUGCUCAUUGAAAUUGUUGGAAAAAGUUUUGGCAAUUCAAAUAGAAAAUCUGAGGUGGUAUGAUAGAGGAUCGAUAAGGAAUAUUUUGGAUAACAUUAAUGCUAUUAGAUCUGUCCAAGAAAGAACUUAA